GGCAGGGCAUAAAAAAGAAAAAGAAGAAGAAAAUCAAGAACAAGAUCAAGUCGCAGGAACCUGCCGUGGAGCAGCGGCGUGAGGAAGUCUCCAGCACCUUUGGUUUGUAUUUCCCAGGACAGAUUUUGCCGAAAAGCGUGGAGGGGUCUGGGCUGCCGGCAGCGGGGCGCGAGCUGUGCGGGAGCCCUUGGCCGCGGGGUGCUUGGUCAGGGGCCGACUCGGCACCUCAUCCAGUCGCUGUCUGCUGCCUGGACAGGUUUGAUUUCCUGCUGGUGAAGGGGAGAACGGUGGGGUUGAUCCCGAUCGGUGGAGUUCUCGCUAUAAAUCAGAAGAUCUGCCUAAAAAUGUGGUCGUGUGCUGGGGAAGAGAAGCGGGUCGGUACGCGCACUGUGGUGGUCGGGCACCGUCCGGUUUCGGAAACAGAUGCGUACGUGGCACAGAAGUUCUGCGACAACAGGAUCGUCUCCUCCAAGUACACCCUCUGGAACUUCCUCCCGAAGAACCUUUUUGAGCAGUUUAGAAGAAUUGCCAACUUCUACUUCCUCAUCAUCUUCCUUGUGCAGGUGAUCGUGGACACCCCGACGAGCCCGGUGACCAGCGGCCUCCCGCUCUUCUUUGUCAUCACCGUCACAGCUAUCAAACAGGGAUACGAGGACUGGCUGAGGCACAGAGCUGACAACGAAGUGAACAAAAGCAACGUCUUCAUUGUUGAAAAUGCAAAGCAAGUGCAGAAAGAGAGUGAAAAAAUCAAGGUUGGAGACAUAGUAGAAGUGAAAGCAGAUGAGACCUUCCCCUGUGACUUGAUAUUUUUGGCCUCGAGCAGCGUUGAUGGGACCUGUUACGUCACUACAGCGAGUCUCGACGGCGAGUCCAAUUUCAAGACUCACUACGCAGUGCGGGAUACCACCGUGCUCCGCCAUUCUCCUCCCAGAUUUGUUGGAAGAAUUAUCAUUUACAGAAGCAACCAAGAGCCAGUAGCCAGGUCUUUGGGUCCUGAAAACCUGUUGCUGAAAGGUGCUACACUCAAAAAUACCAAGAAGAUUUAUGGAGUUGCAGUCUAUACUGGAAUGGAAACGAAAAUGGCUUUGAACUACCAAGGGAAAUCUCAGAAACGGUCUGCUGUAGAAAAAUCUAUCAACGCUUUCUUGAUAGUAUAUUUAUGCAUCCUAUUGAGCAAGGCUACUGUGUGCACGACUCUGAAAUAUGUCUGGCAGAGCAAUCCAUUUAACGAUGAGCCUUGGUACAACGAAAAGACUAAAAAAGAGAGAGAGACGUUCAAGGUCUUGCGGAUGUUCACGGACUUCUUGUCGUUUAUGGUCCUCUUCAAUUUUAUUAUCCCAGUCUCCAUGUACGUUACAGUAGAGAUGCAGAAGUUCUUGGGUUCCUUUUUCAUCUCUUGGGACAAAGAGAUGUACGAUGAAGAAAUAAAAGAGGGGGCGUUGGUGAACACCUCGGACCUGAACGAGGAGCUCGGGCAGGUGGAGUACGUCUUCACGGACAAAACUGGGACCCUGACGGAGAACAGCAUGGAGUUCAUAGAGUGCUGCAUAGAUGGGCACAAGUACAAAGACUGCAUUUCGGAGGUGGAUGGCUUCUCUCAGACCGAUGGACCCCUAAAAUAUUACGGCAAAGCAGAAAAGAGCCGCGAGGAGCUGUUCCUGCGAGCCCUCUGCCUGUGCCACACCGUUCAGAUCAAGGAGGCAGACCAGGUGGAUGGGCUGAUAGGACAUCCAGAACGCAAAUACACCUACAUCUCCUCUUCCCCAGACGAGAUUGCUUUGGUGAAAGGCGCAGAAAAGUAUGGUUUCACUUUUCUAGGACUUGAAAACGAUUUCAUGAAAAUACGAAACCAAAAGAAUGAAACUGAAAUGUACCAGCUUCUGCAUGUGUUGAACUUUGAUCCCGUCCGUCGCCGUAUGAGUGUCAUUGUGAGAACCACCGCGGGACAGUUGCUUCUCUUCUGUAAAGGAGCAGACUCCUCUAUUUUCCCAAGGGUGCAGCAAGAAGAAAUCCAACAAACAAAAGUCCACGUGGACCGCAACGCUAUGGAUGGUUACCGAACGCUCUGCGUGGCAUUCAAAGAACUCACUCAAAUAGAGUACGAUAAAAUUGACAGGCUACUUAAUGAAGCUAAGAUGGCUCUGCAGGACAGGGAGGAAAAGAUGGCAAAGGUUUUUGAAGACACAGAGGCAGACAUGCACUUGAUUGGGGCUACGGCCGUAGAAGACAGGCUGCAGGAGCAGUCGGCAGAGACGAUCGAAGCUCUGCACACGGCUGGCAUGAAGGUCUGGGUGCUGACAGGAGACAAGAUGGAAACUGCCAAAUCCACCUGCUACGCCUGCAGGCUCUUCCAGACCAGCACCGAGCUGCUGGAGCUGACGGCGAGAACGGUUGGCGAGAGCGAAAGGAAGGAGGAUCGGCUCCAUGAGCUGCUGAUGGAGUACCAUAAAAAGCUGAUUCAGGACAUUCCCAAAACCCGGGGGGGCCUGAAGAGAAGCUGGACGCUGAGUCAAGAAUACGGCCUCAUUAUAGAUGGCGCGACGCUGUCGCUGAUACUCAACCCUUCUCAGGACUCUAGUUCUAGUAAUUACAAAAACAUAUUUCUACAAAUCUGCUUGAAGUGUACUGCAGUCCUCUGCUGCCGGAUGGCUCCUUUGCAGAAAGCACAGAUUGUGCGAAUGGUGAAGAACACAAAAGGGAGCCCGAUAACACUCUCCGUGGGGGAUGGUGCGAAUGAUGUUAGUAUGAUUUUGGAAGCACAUGUUGGAAUAGGUAUAAAAGGCAAAGAAGGACGGCAGGCUUCCAGAAACAGUGACUAUGCUGUGCCAAAGUUUAAACAUUUAAGAAAAUUGCUACUAGCACACGGGCAUUUAUAUUACGUGAGAAUAGCACACCUUGUACAGUAUUUCUUCUAUAAGAACCUUUGCUUCAUUUUACCGCAGUUUUUAUACCAGUUCUUCUGUGGAUUCUCACAGCAGCCACUGUACGAUGCUGCUUAUCUUACAAUGUACAACAUCUGCUUCACAUCGCUACCUAUUCUGGCGUACAGCCUCCUGGAGCAGCACAUCAGCAUCGACACGCUGACCUCAGAUCCACAGCUGUACAUGAAGGUUUCGGAUAAUGCAAUGCUGCAGUGGAGGCCGUUCCUGUACUGGACCUUUCUGGGCGCCUUUGAAGGACUCGUAUUUUUCUUCGGGGUUUUUUUUCUUUUUCAAAAUUCAUUGUUGGAAGAUAACGGAAAGGUUUUUGGGAACUGGACCUUUGGGACGAUCGUUUUCACCGUACUGGUGUUCACCGUCACUCUGAAGCUAGCGUUAGAUACGCGAUUCUGGACAUGGAUGAACCACUUUGUGAUUUGGGGAUCCCUUGCCUUCUAUGUGUUUUUCUCGUUCUUUUGGGGAGGAGUCAUUUGGCCUUUCUUGAAGCAGCAAAGAAUGUAUUUUGUAUUUGCCCAUAUGCUGACUUCUGUUUCCACGUGGCUGGCAAUAAUUCUGCUGAUCUUUAUCAGCCUUUUCCCAGAAAUUCUUCUAAUAGUUUUAAAAAAUAUACAAGAAAAAAGUCAUCAGACUGGCCACUUUGAUCUGCCUAUGUUAGUCUCAUACAAACGUAUAGAAAAUGGUUAUGUGAAGACUGAAGAUGCUGUUACUAAUUUGGCAGAAAGAUAUCCUCUCGGGAUACUUUAAAGUGCUCCAUACAAACACUGCGUGUUGUCAUGCUGUAGGAAGAAACCUAC